AAGAGACAGAAACAUGUGUAUAUUAUAUAUAUAUAUAUAUUUCGAAAAAUAACUUUGUGUUAAAAUGUUAACAAUACUGUUUUUGUUUUGUUUGUGUACCGUCGUGAAGUUACGAGAAUGCCAGGACAUUCAAUCAAAACUCAUACUACCAUGUAAAGGCGAUGAAAUAAUAUACGACGAGUACUGUGGCAGCGAUAAUGAGUUCGCAGGGCAAGGAGGUAUAGAUGCUGAAGAAGACGGGUUCCCGCAUUUGGCUCCCCUGACGUACGAUAAAGUGUUCAAUGAAUCAGAGUUCGGAUGUGGAAGCUCUGUGAUCAGUGAGAAGUUUGGUCUGACGGUUGCCCCUUGCAAUGCCACCUCUGCAAGGGUUCCUGUUUGGUACGCUGUAUCUGGAUUUCUCCAGCGUAAAGAUAUGUAUGAUAUACCUGAGAAGAACGUUCGAGGUGUACAGAAGAUUAUCAAGCAUUCAGAAUAUAAGCCUUAUGAUAUAGCUCUGCUGGAUCUAGAUAAAGAGAUAGUCAUAAGCGUGAUAAUUAGACCUUCGUGCCCUCAAUUAGUGGACACAAUGUAUGACAGAGCGUACGUCACUGGGUGGGGGGCAGUAGGACAUAGGAGGAUGAAUGCCGAUGUACUACAGAGUGGCGACAGCGGUGGACCUUUUAACAUUAGAAAUCGCAUAAUAGAAAAGAAAAAAAAAUGGACGAGUCUAGUGGCGAGCUGGUACCCAAAAGAUCGAGAAGGACAGAAUAGGACAAUAGAGGACAACUUCGGGACUUUAAUCAGUCCUACAUGGACAAGGACGGGAAGAAAUAGGACAGAAUCGGAUUUGUUAGAGGACAAUUUCGUUGGAGAACAAGUUGAAGAGUACAGUAGAAGUUCUUUCUUUACGGUUUUGGAUUUUGUAGUUUCGGUAUUUGCAAGUUAAAUAUUAAUUUUUGUGAUUGUGAUGAAAUUGUAUUAUGUUUUUAUAAUAACUAUCGUG